ACACACACACACACAAGUCCCCAUCACGUAGAGAGACAACCCCAGAAACUGCAUAGCAGAGGAAGGGAGAGAAAGACAGAGGAACCAGAAGCCGCGUUUGGGUAGCUUGAGCCGGCUAAGCAAGAUUAUCUGUCUUUGUUCAGGAGCAGUAGGCUUGAUUGCUGAUCCUAAAACAAAACAAAAAAGAUGCUUCUGUGGUUCUUUCUGGUGUUGUCCAGCCCAGCUUCUUCUACGGAUCCAGAGACUGACUCAUCUGUGGAAAUUUGCAAUGUUUGCUCCUGUGUGUCGGUGGAGAAUGUACUUUAUGUCAACUGCGAAAAGGUUGCAGUCUACAGACCAAACCAACUGAAACCACCUUGGUCUAAUUUCUAUCACCUCAAUUUUCAGAACAACCUCCUCCUCCUCCUGUAUCCAAAUACAUUUCUUAACUUUACUCAUGCUGUGUCCCUGCAGCUGGGUAACAAUAAAUUACAGAACAUUGAGGGAGGAGCUUUCUUAGGUCUCAGUGCGUUAAAACAGUUGCACUUGAACAACAACGAAUUAAAGAUCCUCCGAGCUGACACCUUCCUUGGCAUCGAGAACUUGGAGUAUCUCCAAGCUGACUACAAUUUAAUCAAAUAUAUUGAAAGAGGAGCCUUCAAUAAGCUUCACAAGCUGAAAGUCCUCAUCCUUAAUGACAAUCUGAUUGCCUUUCUUCCUGAUAAUAUUUUCCGUUUUGCUUCUCUAACCCACCUAGAUAUACGUGGGAAUAGAAUACAGAAGCUGCCGUACAUUGGAGUUCUGGAGCAUAUUGGUCGCAUCGUCGAGCUGCAGCUGGAGGACAACCCAUGGAAUUGUACUUGUGAUCUGUUGCCUUUGAAGGCAUGGCUGGAGAACAUGCCCUAUAACAUCUACAUCGGGGAAGCCAUCUGCGAAACUCCCAGCGAUUUGUAUGGGAGGCUUUUGAAAGAAACCAACAAGCAAGAGCUGUGCUCCAUGGGAACAGGGAGUGAUUUUGACGUGCGCAUCCUGCCUCCAUCACAGCUAGAACCUGGUUACAGCACACCUAAUGGCCAUGCAACACAAACAUCCAUGCACAGAUUGGUAACCAAGCCUCCCAAGACAACAAACCCUUCCAAAAUCUCAGGGAUAGUCGCUGGGAAAUCACUCUCCAACCGCAAUCUCAGUCAAAUAGUAAAUUUUCAGACCAGAGUGCCACCUCUGACACCUUGCCCACACCCCUGCACUUGCAAAACACACCCUUCAGAUUUGGGAUUAAGUGUCAACUGUCAAGAAAGAAAUAUUCAGUCACUGGCUGAGCUUAUCCCCAAGCCGCUGAAUGCUAAGAAACUCCAUGUCAAUGGCAAUUACAUUAAGGAUGUGGAUACUUCUGAUUUUGCAGAGUUUGAAGGGUUGGAUUUACUCCACCUGGGCAGCAAUAGGAUCAUGACCAUUAAAGGGGAGGUUUUCCGCAACCUUACAAACUUACGAAGAUUGUAUCUAAAUGGCAAUCAGAUUGAGAGGCUGAGUCCCGAAAUGUUUGCUGGCCUCCACAAUCUCCAGUACCUAUAUUUGGAAUACAAUGUCAUCAAGGAAAUUUUAGCAGGCACUUUUGACCUCAUGCCAAACCUGCAGCUUCUCUACCUGAACAACAACCUGCUACGGAGUCUGCCAGCCUACAUUUUUUCUGGGGCUCCCCUUGCUCGGUUGAACUUGAGAAACAACCAUUUCAUGUACCUGCCUGUAAGUGGUGUGCUCGAUCAUCUGAAAUCCCUGACACAGAUUGAUCUGGAAGGGAAUCCGUGGGACUGCACUUGUGAUCUGGUUGCUUUGAAGCUGUGGCUAGAGAAGCUCAAUGAUGGUAUCGUGGUGAAGGAACUGAGAUGCGAGACGCCUGUGCAGUUUGCUAACAUGGAGCUGAAGACACUAAAAAAUGAGAUCCUGUGCCCCAAACUUCUGAGGUCUGCUGUUUUCACUAGUCCUGCACCCUCUGUCACAUUUACAACACCAUUGGGCCCCAUUCGUAGUCCUCCAGGUGGUCCUGUUCCAUUGUCUAUCCUCAUCUUAAGUAUAUUGGUAGUACUCAUUUUGACUGUCUUUGUAGCUUUCUGUCUUCUCGUCUUUGUCCUCCGUCGCAACAAGAAACCGUCAGUGAAGCACGAAGGUCUGGGGAAUCCAGAAUGCAGCUCCAUGCAACUUCAGCUUCGGAAGCAUGACCACAUGUCAAACAAGAAGGACGCUCUGGGGGCAGAGGCCUUCAUCCCCCAAACCAUUGAGCAGAUGAGCAAAAGCCAUGCCUGUGGCUUAACGGAAACAGAAACAGGCUUCAUGUUUGCCGAGCCAUCAGGGCAGAAGGUCAUCCUGCGAAACAACAGCGAGAAGGAUAAAGAUUUAUUGCACAUGGAUAGCAGGAAAAGACUUAGCACAAUUGACGAACUCGAUGAGUUAUUCCCAGGACGGGAUUCCAAUGUCUUUAUUCAGAAUUUUCUUGAAAGUAAAAAGGAAUACAACAGUAUAGGGGUCAGUGGCUUUGAAAUACGGUAUCCAGAGAAACAGCAAGACAGAAAAAACAAGAAAUCUUUAAUAGGGGGUAAUCACAGCAAAAUAGUAGUGGAGCAAAGAAAGAGCGAAUAUUUUGAGCUGAAAGCGAAACUUCAGAGCUCACCAGACUACUUGCAAGUCCUUGAAGAACAAACAGCACUGAAUAAAAUGUAGGUCAUGCAAACUUAUAUCCUGCAGAGGACCUGUAUUUAAUGAUGCAAGUGCCUUUUGUUGACUUUUAAUUUCCAUAUAGAUAUUCAACCAGUAGGCAUAGAGGCAGGUGAUCUUAUGGGUGUGUGAUAAAACUUGCUCCAAACAGAUAUUAUUUCAUGAAACUCUUGCGCUGUGGAAUCCUGUAGGGGUUUACUGCAAAACUCUAUUGCCAAAGUGUUGCUUUAUACACGUAUUACACUGAAUUUAACCUCAAGAGGCAUAUAUGUUUUGUACCCUAGUUGCAAAACUCUUCAUCACUUUGUGAUUUGUUAAAGCAAAUGCAAAAGUGAACAGGAACGAAACUGGUACCGCUGUUAGUGUACCUCAGCUGAGUCAUCCAUCUGCACAUGGAUUUAAAAAGUUGGUGGAGGAACUGGAAAUAACCAUUCCCUAUGGUGUGUGAUGUUGUAAGCAGCACUGUUUUAGAGAAUACCUGAAAAAAAAGUUUUUACAAAACAAAAAAACUUUUAAAAAGCAUGCAAAAGAAAGAACAGUUGAUAGUAUGUGUAAAAUUGGUUACCUUUAUGGCCUGCAUCUUGAAACCGCUGGAUUUAUAAUGUUAAAUUGUGCAGAGAUCUUUGUUUAAAAUAUACCAUGCAUUGCAUCCCUACAAAUCAAUUUGACCAUCUGACGCAUACCACAAAUUGGCAUAAGAUGGAACCAACUCAACCCAAGCUGAUGAACAAAACAAAAAUGGUGGUGUACACAAUUGGAAGAAAUUACUUGAUGUGGGACUAUUCUGUGGCUUCUCAACCCCUGUUAACCCAUUCUCAGUGAUGUGAAACUCCUUUCAAACCCCUAGAGGUUAUCCAAAAUUUUCAAAAAGAUUGCUUGCUGUGUGAGCGUUUCAGAAAUUAUUUUUGUAAUAUAAUUCAUAUUUAUGAAAUACUUUGUAUACUAAAUAGGAAAAAAUUAUGUAUUCCUCAAUAUGUAUUUAAAUAUGCCUGAUUUGUUUUCCUGGUCACAAAGGUGCAUUAAUCAUUCAGUAUAAUUUAAAAAAGAACAAUAUACCAAACAGAAACUGUUGAUGAAAUGUAUAGAUUUAUUUGAAAGUCAAUGUGAUCAGGUCUAAGACGAAUAAUAAUAAUAAUAAUGAUAAUAAAAUUAUGUUCUGUACUACGCUUGUGAAAUUA